GCUCUCAGUCUCUAGGCAGAAUUCAGUCCAGCAACCUAGAGGCUACAUGACCUCAUCACUCAUUAGCAGUUCUGAGAGCCAUCUGGAGCCCUUGAGGAGUGCAGUGUUCAAAGGGCUGAUAAUAAAGACAACAGCAUAAUUAUUUCUCUACCAUGAUUAAACCUUUAGGUAGUAAGCAGUCAGCAUAUUUAUUCUGCAGAUUGCUGAGAGGGACUCUUGCUCCUUGCGGCUCAAGAAAUGUCUUCACUUUCAGAAUAUGCCUUGCGCAUGACUCGUCUGAGUGCCCGGCUGUUUGGUGAAGUUGCCAGGCCUACUGAUUCCAAAUCCAUGAAAGUGGUAAAGCUGUUUAGUGAGCUGCCUUUGGCCAAGAAGAAGGAGACUUAUGACUGGUAUCCAAAUCACAACACUUACUUCGCGCUUAUGGGGACACUACGUUUUCUUGGCCUCUACAGAGAUGAGCAUCAGGACUUUAAGGAUGAGCAGCUGCGUCUAAAGAAGCUUCGUGGAAAGGGGAAACCAAGGAAAGGAGAAGGGAAGAGAGCUGCAAAAAAGAAAUAGUGUUAGUCCAUCAGGAGAGGAGACUUCUUCCUCAGAGACUGAGAGCAGGAGGAAGUGUUUGUUCUCUCUCCACAUACUGGAGGAGUGUCAUCUUUCUGAGUUGAAGACUAUUUGGAGGAACACAGUCAUCUCUAUGUUGAAAUCUAAUCCAGUUCAAUUGUGACUGGUUUCUUGAACACCUUCUACUUCUGCAGAAUUAUUUUGGCCCUGGUUUUAUUAGCUGAGGUUUACCUUUUUCCCCCAAGAAAUGAACACAUGAUUAUUGUUGAAUGACUUGUUUGGGAGGGGAUGGGAUGUUUGGGGAGUGCAGGGGAAAACUCAUAAAAUGAGCAUCCUCGUUACUCCCGUCUUGCUUCCCCACUUAACUGGCUGUAAACUCUUUCAUCUCUCUAGCUGUUCAGCCACUGUCUCCACCACCAAGCUCACAAACUUUAUGUGCCUCUCCGCCUACUCCUUUGAGAAUAUCUGUAAGAUAGAUUUGUGGGAUAAAAGGCUGUACUGGUAAGAGAAUAUUACAUACCUGCUGUAUACAAGGUAAUACAGUGGUUUUCAAGAAACAAUCCCUGUCUCAUGGAACUUUCAGUCCUGUGGCAGGGACUGAUCUUCAUAAUUACGUAAAUACAAUCGUAUUACAUGCUACAAAGGAAAAAUCCAGACUUCUUUGAGAAUGUGGAUGAAUCGAUGGAUUGAUCCAGAGGGAUAGCAAGAGGCCCAAACCUCAGUAGGGAGUUUAAAGAAGGCCUCCCUAAAGAGAUAAUACUUAAGCUGAGCUCUGAAGAAUAAAUUAGAGUUAGGUGGAAGAAAAAUGGUGGGAAAGCAUUUGAGGCACAGGGAACAUCAUGUGUAAAGCCUAAGGCAAGAAGAAAUUGUCCUGUUCAAGAAAUUGAAAAAAAGACCACUAACUAGUAUGCAUUGGUCGUAAUGAAACAAAGGCCAGACACAGGGUUUUGCAGGUUCUGUGGAGAAGCUGGGACUUACACACUCUGCUCUCUGGUCAGGCUGGUUAAGAUGUUAUUUCUGUGGGAGAUGACUUGUAUGCCUUCGAGUAGCUAGAUGCUCACCGUAUUCUAGCAGUGAGUUUCCAAUGAGGUUGUGAGGGCUUUGCUGAUUUUUUCCCCCUAAGAAAUCUGAAGAUUUCUAACACUAUCUGGGAAGUUUUGUAAAGUUUCUUUUUAUUGCGGCAAAAAACAUGAAAGUUAUUACCAUCUUAACUAUUUUUAAGUGUAUGGUACAGAAGUGCUAACUAUAUGCACACUGUUAUGCUAAAUAAAGGACCUUUAACCUCUG